GAAAGUUAAAAAUAAAUAGUUUCUCGUAGAAAUUCUAAGUCGGACAACAAACAAGCAGGAGAGAAGAAUCAGUGAUCUGUGCUGUGAGUACCUGACCUCUUCCAGACAGCCUCUGAAAUCCCCUUCGGCCCUUCCUGCUCCAGCGGGAGCGCACCAGCAAUGUCGUCGGCGGGGCCACCGCCGCCGCUGCCGCCGUGGAGCAGGCUGGAGGGGCAGGUGGUGCUGGUGACGGGCGCUUCCUCCGGCAUCGGACGCGACUUCUGCCUCGACCUGGCGCGCGCCGGCUGCCGCGUCGUCGCCGCCGCCCGCCGCGCCGAUCGUCUCCGCUCGCUCUGCGACGAGAUCAACGCCUCCGCUGCCUCCCGAGCCCCCCGCGCGGUGGCUGUGGAGGUCGACGUCGCCGCCGGUGGUUCGGCCCUGGAGGCGGCGGUGCAGAAGGCCUGGGACGCCUUUGGCCGUAUCGACGCCUUGGUCAACAACGCCGGCAUACGAGGUGCAGUGCAUUCUCCAUUAGAUUGGCCCGAGGAUGAGUGGGACAGAAUCAUCAAGACGAACCUUACCGGAUCAUGGCUCGUGGCCAAACAUGUCUGUCGACGCAUGCGUGAUGCCAAGCUGAAGGGUUCAGUGGUUAACAUCACCUCUAUUGCUGGCCUUAACCGUGGGCAUCUGCCUGGCUCCACGGGAUACGCAUCCUCAAAGGCUGCUGUGCAUUAUGCCACCAAGAUUAUGGCUUUGGAAUUGGGCGCGGAUCGCAUCAGAGUGAACUCGAUUGCACCUGGACUCUUCAAAUCAGAGAUAACUGCUCCUCUGUUUCAAAAGAGGUGGUUGAGCACCGUUGCUUCAAAGAUAGUGCCGCUUAAGGAGCAUGGCGCUACUGAUCCUGCAUUGACGUCGCUGGUCCGUUUUCUGAUCCAUGAAGCAUCGUCGUAUGUGACUGGCAACAUCUUCAUUGUAGACUCAGAGCAAUGGAAUCAAGACGGAAUGAAGACGGCAACAACGACAACUCUCCAACAACAACAACAAAGAUCUGCUACGUUGCAGGCCUGGCGGAGACGCACAGGUCCUCAACCCGUCCUGUCUGUCUCUUCUGCAGCUAUUCGAGGCUGACGUUUACAGUGUGCUAGAUGGAUCUACAAACAAGACUCAUAAAAGUGUUACCGGAAAAAGGUUAGCUUCAUGCUAGGCAAUCUGUCUAGACUAUUGUUCCCACAUCAUGGCGACACUUUUACAUGCAUGCCAUGGCAACAAACUUUACAUGGGUCUCACACAUCACCUUCCAAGAAGGUUGCCAAGAAACUUUUUAGAGAUGAAGACAAAGGAGACGAUGAUGUUGUUGGUUCCGCAGACGCUGAUGCUGAGUAACGUGCUACUGGACACGAGCACUACCAGCUGUGAAGGUUCGCUUUUGGGAACUGUACCAGUCCGUCUAGGUUACUCUUAGAAUUUGUCCCCCUGCUGUGUAGGAUCUAUGGUUUCAUGCUUGUAAGAUAUGGGCAGCGCUAUGCUGCGUGGUUGGCUGCAGGAUGUCUUUUUGUGUUUUUAGGGUAGUAAUGAACUAUGCUAUGCGUGCAAUCCUGCAAGGACCAUACUCAUGUACAUCGCGAGUAUGUAGUCUAGGGCUGAACAAAUCAGAGAGGCAGAGACACUGCUCCCCUUGGUAUUUCUACUAUUUGCUGCUACUACCACCCUUCUCUUUGUCGCAGUACACCAAAAUAGUGAACUUCUUAGAGCCUAAACCCUAGGAAGUUAGCCCUAAACUCUAGGAAGUUAGCUAAACUCUCAAAAGUGAAGCCAUCCCGUCGGAAGUUUGGCUCUCGGAAAUUUUUUGUCGGAAGUUAGCUUAACUUCCUAGAGCCCUCUAGGAAAUUAGCUAACUUACUACAACCAAAGGAGCCUCUCGGAAGUUCUGUGCAUUCGUGGGAUUUCGUUUGGUCAACUGUGUCAUGUUCGGCGAUUUAGCGUGAUCCAGCAGCUAACAUGUUUAAUUAUGAAUUGUAUCGAGGGAUGUCUGAUUUGUAUUUGUUCACAAGAUAGCUACUUUUGAUAAAGCAGCUGGUUUCCAGGUAACGUGUUCUCCUGCCAAUUUGCUUACACACUAUUCUAUUCUACAUUGAGCUUAACAGUCAGACUUUUGACAGGCACUUAUCCACCCCAGCUGCUCUUGAAGGUAAAAACUCAUUGAAUGGAAAAGGCAUCCCCGUUUUUUCUUCUUAAGCCAGUGAUACUAAGCACAUUAUGUUGGUUUUGUUUGCUUGACAUGUUGAUCUGGGGGAUUGAAGGUUGAAAACUCUACACGGUAUUCUUAGAUUGGAAACCAUGUUUUUAAUCCAUCAUAAAGUUAUUAGUCUUACAGAUUCAGUUUUAUGACUGAUCCGCAAGUCAUGAACAUCCUAUGCAUCUUACAGUGCUUAUUGAUUUGCAGCAGCACAAUUUUAGUUUUCUCACGCAGCAUAAUUGGUUCUAUCUCGUGUUGCUUCUUUGGGCUGCUAUUACGAGUCAUUUUGCUGAUUCUCUUUCGCCUUAUAUUACAGGUUACCACAGCUCUUAGUCUGAGGUUUUAUAUUCAACCGUUGCUUAGCUAAGACUCCACAAAGCUCUGCUGAAAAGAUAAAAGCCUUCACCUUGUCAUCGAGUCAAAGCUAACCUAAGCCAAUCGAGGUCGAAGGAGGUAGCUUCGGGGUGAUGCGCUGUGGCUUACUAUGCAAGAGACAUGGAUACAUGCAGGAGACGAAGAUAAAGGUUACGGAAGACUUGAUCUGCAAGAUGUAUAGAUGGGAAAGUACAAUAUUACUGUCGUAAUGUAUGUAGCGGUCAUGUAUAUGGUUUGUGGACAUGUUUGUAAUUUCAUACAAAGUUAUAUCCCACGAUUCUAAAUAGAGGAAUAAUGCCAUGCAUAGACACACACUUUCGAGCCUAGAUCACAGAACCACUCAGUCUUCGAAGAUACCUUCGAGCUCCCGCUUGUGAAGUUGAAUGUAUACUUGUAAUCAUUUGGUAUCUUGUAAGGAGUAAAAUAAAUAUGAGUUUGCACA